UUAUAACCCCACCUUCAUUUUCUUGGCCCCCCAAACGCCAUCUCUCUCUUCCGCUCUAAUGGGUAUCCGAGCUUUUUCAAGUAUUCGAAUUUCUUGGAUUUUCGAAGUGAAGCUCUGAUCAUAACCCUGAGAGCGUUAAUUCUUGGGGGAAUCAGGGGUUUGUUUGAUUGAAUUAUUGGGAUCUAGAUGUCUACGCUGGAAAUGGCGUCGUAUUGGUGCUACAGAUGCAGCCGAUUCGUUAGGGUUUUGAGCCGGGACUCGUCGGUGGUGUGCCCCGACUGCGAGACGGGGUUCGUGGAGGCCAUUGACAACCCGCUACGGGCCGUCCACGUGGACGGGCGGCGCAGGAGGAACCCUGCGAGUGCGAUGUACAUGAUCGGUCAACGCUCCGCCGCCAAUCCGGACCAGGCGACCACGGGCCGUCGGAUCAGGAGGAUCGGCGUGGACCGCGGAUCCCCCUUCAACCCGGUCGUCGUGCUCCGCGGACCGUCCGAUGGCAGAGAGACACGUCGCUUCGAGCUUUACUACGACGACGGCGGUGGUUCCGGGCUCAGACCGUUGCCUCCGAGCGUGUCGGAGUUUCUGUUGGGGUCCGGGUUCGACCGCCUCCUCGAGCAGCUCUCGCAGAUCGAGCUAAACGGCGUCGCUCGAUUCGAGCAUCCUCCGGCUUCGAAGUCGGCCAUCGAAGCGAUGCCCACGAUCGCAAUAGGCGACGGCCACAUAACCACGCAUUCACACUGCGCCGUGUGCAAAGACGAAUUCGAAUUGGGAUCGGAGGCCCGAGAGAUGCCCUGCAAGCACAUAUACCACUCGGACUGCAUUCUCCCAUGGCUCUCGCUUCACAAUUCCUGCCCGGUGUGCCGCCACGAGCUGCCCGCGGAUGUAGAGAGUGUCGCGGCGGAGCCUGACCGCAGCGAGAGCGGGCAGGCGCGGCCUCUGGAUGAGAACGUUGGGCUGACGAUAUGGAGGCUUCCGGGAGGUGGGUUUGCGGUGGGGAGGUUUUCCGGGGGAAGAGGAAGAGGUGGAGACCGCGAGCUUCCGGUGGUGUACACGGAAGUCGAUGGUGGGUUCAACAAUGGCGGCGCGCCGAGGAGGGUGUCGUGGGCGGCUAGGGGGAGGGGAGGGAGGGAGGGCGGUGGGUUUGGCCAGGCGUUUCGGAAUUUUUUCUCGUGCUUUCGUGGAAUUGGGUCUUCGGGAUCGAGUUCGAGCUCUAAUUCUGAUAGGCCAGCGGUGAGGAGAGCCAGAUCGGUCUCUUUGACUGCGAGUAGGCGGAGGACUUGGGCUCUGGAGUUUUGAAUAGUGGGACAAAGGAAUGGUAUCAUUUGAUGGGAAAUGGGCGAAAGUUCCCAUCAAGAGGAAUGGGAGUGUCACUGUAAAUAGUGAGAAUGGGAGUCUCCCUAUUCACAGCUCCAUAGAAUUUGUGGGUUCAGUUUCCUGUGAAGUGGGAAAUUGCUGGAGAUAUGCAGUAAAUAAGUAUUGAACUGUUAUAUGCAUAAAAGAACAAGGAGCAGGAGCAGGAGCAGCAGCAGAAGAAGCCUGGGAGAGAAAGAGGGGGACUGUGCCUGUGCGUUUGGAGGUGGCUGUUGGGGGCAGCAACUGCAAGAAGGUACAUGCCUUUUGUGUACCAUAGUGCCUGUGCAAAUUUCAAGAAAUUGAAUUAGAAUUACCUGCAACUUUUUUUUCUUUUUCUUUUUCUUUUUUUUCUUUUCAAUAUUUGUUUUAGAUUUAUUUUCAUCAAUUUUAAUUUGUAGUUAGCUUUCAGUUUGUAUCUUCCAUCUUUCUGUCAUUGUUUAUCCACAAAAUAUAACUACCUUAAAGGUGCUAUUCAGCUCAUCAA